AUGUUCCGCUCAGUCGCUUCCCGCGCCGUGCCAAGGGCAGCGCGCCCGGUUUCCCAGAGCACCUUCUGCGCCCCGAACAUCUACUUCCAGAGCCGGUUAAGGAGGGGAUAUGCUUCGGAAGCUGAGGAGAAGGACCUCGUUAUCAUCGGAGGCGGCGUCGCAGGAUACGUCGCGGCAAUCAAGGCCGGCCAGGCCGGCAUGAAGGUCGCAUGUAUCGAGAAGCGCGGCUCUCUCGGCGGAACCUGCUUGAACGUCGGCUGCAUUCCUUCAAAAUCCCUCCUGAACAACUCGCACCUCUACCACCAGAUCCUGCACGACACCAAGAACCGCGGUAUUGAGGUCGGCGAUGUCAAGCUUAACCUCCCGGCGAUGAUGAAGGCGAAGGACACCUCUGUUGCAGGUCUGACAAAGGGUAUCGAAUUCCUCUUCAAGAAGAACAACGUGGAGUACAUCAAGGGCACCGGUGCUUUCCAGGACGAGCACACCGUCGCGGUCAACCUUGUUGAAGGUGGCGAGACCACCGUCCGCGGCAAGAACAUCCUCAUCGCGACUGGAUCUGAGGCUACGCCCUUCCCCGGACUGACUAUCGAUGAGAAGAAGGUCAUCACGAGCACUGGUGCCAUCGCUCUGCAAGAGGUCCCCAAGAAGAUGACCGUUAUCGGUGGAGGUAUCAUCGGUCUUGAGAUGGCCUCUGUCUGGUCGCGUCUUGGUUCCGAAGUCACCGUUGUCGAGUACUUGGGCCAGAUUGGCGGCCCCGGUAUGGACAAGGAUGUUGCUAAGCAGGCACAGAAGCUUCUCCAGAAGCAGGGCAUGAAGUUCAAGCUCAACACCAAGGUCACCGCCGGUGAUGCUGAAGGUGAGGGCGUGAAGGUGUCCGUUGAGGCUGCCAAGGGCGGAAAGGAGGAGACUCUCGAUGCUGACGUCGUCCUCGUUGCCAUCGGUCGCCGUCCCUACACCAACGGCCUUGGUCUUGAGAACAUCGGUCUCGAGGUUGACGAGCGGGGCCGCGUGAUCAUCGACCAGGAGUACCGCACCAAGGUCCCCCACAUUCGUGCUAUUGGUGACGUUACUUUCGGACCUAUGUUGGCCCACAAGGCUGAGGAGGAGUCCGUUGCCGUUGUCGAGUACAUCGGCAAGGGUUACGGCCACGUUAACUACGGCGCGAUUCCCUCCGUCAUGUACACCCACCCCGAAGUUGCCUGGGUCGGCCAGAACGAGGAGGAGCUCAAGGCUGCUAACGUCAAGUACAAUGUCGGACAGUUCCCCUUCUCUGCCAACUCAAGAGCGAAGACCAACCUCGACACUGAGGGUUUCGUCAAGUUCAUCUCUGACGCCGAGACUGACCGGAUAUUGGGCAUUCACAUCAUCGGUCCCAGCGCCGGUGAGAUGAUUGCCGAGGGUGUGCUUGCGCUCGAGUAUGGUGCCAGCUCAGAGGACGUUGCACGGACAUCACACGCUCACCCGACGCUUUCAGAAGCGUUCAAGGAGGCUGCUAUGGCAACAUACGACAAGGCUGUUCACUACUAG